GCUCUAAUCAACUGUUGAUGCUGUGAACCGACCGACAACAAGCCUAGGUUCAUAUUUGAAUCCCACUGCCCGCACCCGCUGUCGUUUACGUUUACUAUUAAGAUUACGAUGCUUAUUUCCUGUGCGUGCAAGUAGCCGUCUCAUCAUCUCGCCGUCUCUUGCCGAAAGUCCGACAGACCGCCCUGAGCUGAAAAAAGGAAAUUCCAGGCACGUACAUUUUUCAAAGCAUGCCUUCCUUACCACGGCCGCCUAUUUCUAGCCUCGCCAUCUCUUUAUGGCCUUGUACGCGAUAGAUUUCAUAGGCCGUGAGAAAAGGCAAGAUAGAGAGAUUCGAGAUUCGAGAUUUCUAGUAGAUAAUCAUAAUACCAUCCGACAAUGCCUCCAAACAACAACAUCCUGAGCUACUACGGAGAAGCUCCGAAAACACACAACUAUGGAUCGAGGUGCCGACUAGCUCCGGUAUCCCAUCCUUUUGCCUCCUCCAACGUCGAUGACAUCCCACCAGUAAAUGCCCAAUACUUUUAUCUGUCUUCCGUUCCCAUCGAUGACCCUCUUUCGACUACAACUAUCGCUGCCACGGCCGAUCCAAAAUCUGCUAGGAGCAGCCUCCGACCCUUCUCGCCAGGAGAUAACAAUGCGUUGGAAAAGGCCUGGCUUAGCCUUGCUUCAGAUACAUACCGUCAAAAUCACACAAACGCGCUACAGAACCGUCCUCCCAGCCCGUGUCUCGCGAAAACAAAUGGCGAGAAGUUGCGUAGUAUCGUACACCGCUUAGCCGUGGAACACGCUGAGAAGCAUGCACGCGAAGGUCCCUCUGCGGAAAAGGUCCAGCCUUUCACCGAAGGUCUCCCCGAACCGGAAAAUGCUGCGCUUCUGUGUUGCCCGGAGCUUCUUGUUGAUGUUGGAGUUGCUCUGAGGACAUCUUUCUGUGCUGUAGCGAGGCGGAAACAGACCGAGCUUAACCGGAGCAUAGUUUCCCAGGCUGUUAUGAGUGAGAUGAAUACACUGCAUACUGAUUCAACGGCUUCCGUUACAGAACGACGCGCAACAUAUAAUAGUACACCUCCCAGCCAGUCACAGAUCGAGUCCUUGAUGAGGUCGAAUCAACAGGAUGAGCGACCUAAUAGUCAACAUUCCGCAGGGUCGCAGCCUCAAGUAUCAGCGGAUAGAAGCCCCAGUGUUCCCGUCCCUACGAAAUCCUCGCUGGCGAACGAUGGUAUCUCGGGUAGACCAUUUGUCCGUGUAGGCACUCCAGAAAGUCCCAUUAUAUCUCCGCCUGCCUCUUUUCCGAGGGCUGCUACAUUUCGACCUAGUGGACUCGCUGAAGAGAUAAAGAGUGGAGAAGCUAGAUCCCGACGUGCUUCAUCAGUAGGGGAUCCGGCUCCGUCGCCUAAAUAUACCGAGGCUCCAAAAGUCGUUUCGCGUGAAGUAACGGUCGGUGUCUCAAGGUUACAUGAAGUAUCUCUUCCUUCUUUGCAGAUGAAGCCGAUCUACUGGUCACCUGUUAAUGAUAUCGCCACUGUUUUCCGAGCAACUUGGUUCUAUCGAGAUGAUAUGCGGCCCAUAGAUCCCACCGUAGCUAAUCAGCUCGAGGCCGGGUAUCGAGAGCUCAAACCUCACUCUGAGACUUGGAAAGACGAACUUAGAUGUGCCGUGGACGUUGGUCCUCUAGGGGAGGAAAAGGUCUCACAUCCACUAUGGCCGAAGCCUCUAAAUAAAUCCUCUAAGAAGGCCGCAGAUCUGAUGGAACCAGCUAUAUCCAGUAGUCCUUUUUGCGCGGCACGUUGUUUUCGUGGCGAAGCGGCCGCAGAAGGUAGCUUACUGCCGACUCCGAAUGAGGACAACUCUUCUUCUGUACCAACCCAAAAGAAGUUUGAACAGUAUCAUGUGAUUUACAAGGACGAUACGACAGCAUAUUUACUCAAACCCAGCCUGAGGCCUUCUGCAUACUAUGGUCGCAGACCGGUGGCGAAAAUAGUGAAGGGCCUCACUAUUGGCAUCCCAGUAGUGAGAGGGUUUGACCUUGAGGCGUGGACGAGGAGACAUGAGAAAAAGCAGGAUCAGCGACACCAACAAGCUCCAUCUCUUCCUAGUAAUCCCCAAGAAAAUGUUAGGCGCGAUAUAUGCUUAGCGUGUAAGGCUGAUCAAGAACGCGCACAAGUUACGGACCUUGUUCUAGUUGUUCACGGCAUUGGCCAGAAGUUAGCAGAGCGAGUGGAAAACUACCAUUUCACACACGCCAUAAAUGCCUUCCGUCGGGCUAUCAAUAUCGAACUUCGAAGUAACGCAGUCAGAGGGGUGCUAAGGCAAGGGCUAGACGGUAUAAUGGUCCUUCCUGUGAAUUGGAGGCAAAACCUAUCAUUCGAAGACGGUGGUCCGAUGAAGGAGGAAGAUAAGGAGCACUAUACGCCUGGUGGCUUUACUCUGAAGGAUAUUGAGCCUAAAACCAUCCCUGCCGUUCGGAGCAUGAUAUCUGACGUUAUGUUUGAUAUCCCAUUUUACAUGUCGCAUCAUAAACCGAAGAUGGUGGCGGCAAUGGUCGGCGAAGCGAACCGUGUUUACAGGCUCUGGUGUCGAAAUAAUCCAAGCUUCGCGGAAAAGGGAAGGGUUCAUCUGAUCGGCCACUCGCUCGGUAGCGUCAUGUGUAUUGAAGUCUUGUCGAGGCAGCCGACAAUUGUGCCAGCUCUACAACUAACGAAGCAACCCCAAUUGAAACACUUCGAAUUCGAUACCAAGAACUUGUUUCUUCUUGGUAGCCCCGCCGCUUUCUUCUUGUUGCUUGAGAGAGGCGCAUUGCUGCCAAGGAGGGGACGUCGGAAACCAGGAGCAGACCUCAGCGAUAUUGUGUCAAAGGAUAUUGUUGGGGAUGCGGGACGAUUCGGCUGCAUCGCUGUCGACAAUAUCUACAAUGUUAUGGCUAGAGAAGACGCUGUCGCAUAUCUGCUUAAUGGGACCCUAGACCCGAUGUACGCCGCUAGCUUGAAGACUGCGUAUGUGCCAAGCACCUCGACAUCUUUUCUGCAAUCAAUGGGCAAUGCUAUGCUUAGCAUUGUUCCUGGCGCUGGGGCAUCAACGGCAGCGAAUGCCCCAGUUCCAAGACCUCUGACUGUACGCCUUCCAUCACAACUCGAGCUCGAAGUUCACGAUUUUACACGCGAGGACGUUGCCGAAAAGAAGGCUUUUCUGCUUAAUGAUAAUGGACAGAUCGAUUACUUUCUGCGAUCGGGCAGCGGCCCACUUGAAUUACAGUAUCUAAACAUGUUGAGCGCUCACACGAGCUAUUGGGUAAAUCACGACCUUAUCCGCAUGCUAUGCAUGGAGAUAGGAAGGAAUCCUGGGAAGACGAAUACGCUUCCCGCGAUGAGAGCCGUCAAGGCUACGAAGCGAGUCAUUUCUUCGACGGUUUAAAUAGAGUUUUAUGCCUAGUUCACGAAUAAAUUUGCAUGCAUGGAUACACUUCUGGCCUGGCGUUUGGGAAUUUACUACUGGAUUGGACCGGGAAUGAUGGCAUAUAGACUACGGAUACCCAUUGCCAAUAUGAACAGAUUUACACACACAAGUUGUAACAGCAUAGUAAUACAACAGAUACAUCAUCUCAAACCUAUUCAUGUUGCA